AUGGUCAAUACGGGUCACCCAAGCAGGGCAUGCAAGCUCUGCCGCGCGAGGAGGAUUAAGUGUGACGAAACGAAGCCCUUCUGCCUCAAAUGCGCCAAGUCGAAAAGAACUUGCCCAGGAUACCGGGACGCAUUCGAGAUCAACCUUCGCGAUGAGACUCAAUCAACCAUCCGCAAGGCCAAGUCCGCUGCGUUGCGCAAGGCUAUUCGAGAGGGUCGCGCGACGGAACAGGAUGCGGAAAACGAAUGCCAAACCCAACCACAAGUGAUGGAAUGGACACCGCCAGCAGCACCACCUCCACGAAAACAACAAAUCAUUCCAAUCACAGAAGACGACUGGUUUGAUAGAUAUUCAAAUUCAUCUUCUUCUGAAGCGUCGCCUUCAAUGUCAUACGCUUCUUCUUUGUCGUACAUCAGCAAUCAGGCGCCCGAUACCUUUGUCUCAUUCAAAGACAUUGAAGGCGGGACUUAUGGCAUGCCGCACACAUUGCAGACGCCUCUCGACCAACAAGCGACAUGUUACUUUUUGGCAAACUACGUGCUUGCUCCACCAACGGGACUAUCAAGCGUCUCCAUUGCAGUCCGCUUUUUCAGCUGUAUCAAUGGCCGCUCUGGCUGCAAGGCAUUAGAGGACUUGACUCGAGCUAUGCAAGACAAGAUAGCUGUGAGGCAGGACACCACGCUUGCCUCUGCAAUUCUCUUGGCUUUUUACGAAGGACUGGUUUCAGACGACGUUGAAAUGUCUGGUUUCAAGAAGCAUAUAUCUGGGGCGACUGCAAUUGUCAAGCUACGUGGACCGCAACAGACUGCGUCUGGCGUUGGCUUGAGCAUGUUUGAAUUUGUUCGGGCAACAUCGGUCCGGCAGUACACCUUCUUUGCGAAUAUUUCCUUGGAGGAUUUGACUUGGUGGGCACGGCAGGCCGUCUGCGACACUGUUGGCCACCAAGCUUUGGUAUUGAACCUCCAGACGACACUCAUCCGUGGCGAGGCCGACAGCCUUCUGAAGGGGGCACGAACCACCGACAAAAUCGACAAAGCUUUGAAGCUUUUGCAGAGGGCACGAAAAAUGGACGAUGAUCUCGGUGUAUGGUUCGACAAGUGCCCACCAGCGUGGAGGAAGGUUAUUUCAGGAUCGGCUGCGGAAGUUCCGGAGGACAAGAUCGGCUACGUUUCGGCGUUUCCCGGAACUAUUUACGAUUACCCGAACGUAUGGGCUGCCGGAAAGCAUAUUAACACCCACGUAUCUCGACUUCUGCUCAACCAGGUCAUUGUGCGUUGCAUUGCAUGGGUCUGCGCACCGAGUGACCAUACUCUUACGAAAGAGUAUAUUGACGCGAAUCGGAUCGGAACUGAGCAAGUGGCCGACAUUAUCUCCAGCACUCCGUACUUUUUCGGGUGGACGGGUGAUGCUUUGAGUACCCCCUACUUCCCAUGCGGGACAUCCGAGAUGCCAAAAGGCCUAGCUGGUGUGUCUUGUAUGUGGCCCUUGCUAGCUACUGGAUCGAGCCGAUUUGCGACCAGAAAGCAACGAAUAUACGUCAAGGCCCGUCUUGCAAAGAUUGCGGAGGAGAUGGGUAUCCGUCAGGCCGAUGUCUUCUCAAAGCAAAUCAUGUUGGGGUCGCCAGAGCCAGACCCAGUCAACAGUUAUUGUCCGGACACAUAUCUUCAUUUACGUACAUAG